GUCCCGCCCUCCUAGGACGGUGAACGGGUUCCCGUAAGGGUCAUUCCAAGCAGGAGGGCGGAUUUGCCGAGGGACGUGCUUCCUUGGGGUGUCUGGGCCCACGAGGGAUGGCAGCCCCGUCCAUGAAAGAAAGACAGGCGUGCUGGGGAGCCCGGGACGAGUACUGGAAGUGCUUGGACGAGAAGGCAGAGGACGCGUCCCAGUGCGAGCAGUUGAGAAGCGCGUUCGAAUCCAGGUGUCCCCAGCAGUGGAUAAAAUAUUUUGAUAAAAGAAGAGACUACUUAAAGUUCAAAGAAAAAUUUGAAGCAGGACAGUUCCAGCCUUCGAAAACGACAGCACAGUCCUAGGCUGCUCCUGAACUUUCCAGAAGCCACGCUCCCGGGCAUCCCAGCAGAUGAGCAGCGGACGAAACCCGUGUUGAUAGCAGCUUCACUCAAAAUCACCAAAGACUGGAAACAACCCAGAUUCCUACAACAGAGGAGGGAAAAGCAGGUCCAUCUCUGCGACGGCAUACCACUGAGCACUGAGAGGGGAAUAACCUCAUGAGUCCUGCGGCAGCACAGAGCAACCUUCUGUGCACUUUUCUGUGCGUAAGAAGCCAGACCCAAAAGGUGAAGUAUUCUGUGCUUCUAUUUACAGGAUUCUGGGAAAGGCAAAAUUAGUACAGAAAACAGGUCAGUGGUUGGGAAUGGGGAAAGGCGUCAACCACGAAGAGGUCACACCAAGGGACUUUUAGGUGUUGAGAUGGUCUGCUGUGGCACUGUGGUGGUGAUUCAUGAGUACGCACUCCCCAAAACCCCAAGAACUGGACACGUGAGUGACGGGCUGUAUGCACAUUAAAGUCAGGUCAAUGAGGAUUUCGGAGGGAUUCCUGUUUAGAAUGUAUACUGUGAUAAGUGAAUCUAACUGUAUUAUAAAUAUAGGACAUUCCUCACUAGAAGGGGUUGAUAAGAAAGGAGCUAACCUAGAUAACUUUGAAAAAUGGUGUUCUGACAGGAUCCUGUCAGGCUGAAGACAAAAAGAACUUACAAAAAUUGCUAAAUUUCACAUAGUUCUGGUUUAGCAGCUCUCAAAGUACACUAAUGAGAAGCAUGUUUAAGUCAGAAAAAGGAAGUUAAGCAUAAGCUUAACUUUGUAAGAAGUCAGGGUGGAUGGUUGGUUCGUGUCCCAAAACAAGUCCUCUUGUUCUGCAUUCUCACCAGCAGUAUGUGUUUCUGCUGCUCUCCAGCCCCAUCAGCACUUGGCACUGCCAGCUUUUUAAAUUAAGCUGGCCUAUUUUGGUUUUAAAAAAAGUUAAAAAUAAGUGUCAGGAUUAACUUUGCAGAGCUGACUGGUGCCCGAGGCCUCUAAGAACUCACGUUCACCUUCAUGUCUAGAUACCGUGUGUGCACACACGCGGUGUAGACACUGAAUUCCCUAGCUCCAGCCACCGAAAGGGCCAUCUGUGCUCCCUGAAGAACUGUUGGAUUCCAGAACUGGAGUGAGGAAAAUGAAAGCGCCUGGAGCACCGAGAGCUGCCAGAGAGAAAGGACGUUCUAAAAGAGAAAUGGAAGAAUGGGAGCAGGUCAGAAGGACACGAGCCAACCGUCCACACUGAUCUGAACAAAUCAGUCAGUCUGGGACUGGUGUUCCUUACAGAAGAAUCCUGAGUCACAAAUGGAGAAGUGAGGGAAACAGACCGUCACCGUGAGUGAGCACACUGCCGAGGACUAGACUGAGUGGGCAACACACUCAACAGAAAGUUCCCGCAGAGCCUUCAAGUCGCUCUCCCACAAUACUUACUAAUUACCGUCGCAGUUUCAACAGCUGCUCCCCGUGUCUGGUCAUCCUCCCUCCAAGAGGUGAAGCUUAUAUUCUACCUGGAGUGUGGGCAAGGCGUAGUGACCCAGCUUCUCACAGACAGAGCACGGAGAGCGAAAAGCAGAACUUCACUGAGAAGGACAUGAACGGUGCCUUCGACAGACAAUCGGGAGUAGCUCACACUGAGAUGUGAUGACAAGGGCGCGCGUCAGCACUGUGGGGUCCUUCCAAAAACCCAGCUCUCAUCCCGAUCAUGAGAAAACACCAGACAAACCCAGAUCAUGAGACGUUCACAAAAUACCUACCCAGUACUUCCCAAAAGUGUCAAAGUCAGCAAAGACAAGGAAAGACAGAGACGCUGUCAGAGAUCAUAAGAGACCGAGGAGACCUGACCGCCUAACAUGAUGCAGCGUCCUGGAACAGAACGAGAAAUCCCAGUGGAGGUCAGAGUGGUGGUCUGCAGCUUAGUGAACAGCACCGUUACCAAUGUUCAUUUCCUAGUUCUGCUACGGGUCCACGGUUCUGUAAGAUCCUACUGGAGGGGUCUGGGGGCAGACCAUGCACUAUCUUUUCAACUCUUCUGCAGAACAAAAACUAUUAAAGCUACAGAAGAAAAAAAAUACUGGCAACAGAUUCUGAAAUUCAAGUAUUAUUAUAUUUUUUAAAGAUUUCAUUUAUUCACUUGAGAGAGAGAACAUGAGAAGGGAGAGGGUCAG